AUGAUUAAUAUCACUAAACUUAUAAAGUAAAGAUAGUAAUAUACAACAAUUUUGGAGGAUAACUCUAAAUUAUAUAUUAGACCAAUUGAUGAACUAGAUGAAAUCACUUUUAGCGGAGAAUAUUUAAUUUAAAAGAACGGAAAACUUAAAAAAAAGUUGAUAUAAUUUUAUGAACACAUCAUGGUUUAUUCUAAAAAGGUAUUUAUAUUAAUCUAUCAAAAUAGAAGCAUUUGAAUAUUUUAAAUGCUACAUUAUUGUUACAUCUAACCAAUCUUAAUGAAAUAGAAGGAUUGAAAUUUAUAAAAUCUGGUAAUUCUAUAGAAUUAUAUAAUAAUGCAUCUGAACUAUAUCUCUAUGUUCGAAAAUAUUGUAUACAGAGAGAAAUUCCUGAGAGAUAUAAAAUUACUCAAACUAUUUAUUAUGGAAGUAACGCUACAGUAUACUAUUAUUUAAUUAUUUAAGUUUCUACAACUAGAGUCUACAUUAUACAUUAAGACAUUUCAUGUGGCAAAGAUUUAUGAAAAACAAAAUUAUACUACUUAGGAUUAAAUAUCUGGUAUAAAGAAAGAAGUUUAGAUACUUCGUUAGUUAUAACAUUAACAUAUGUCAAAUUUAGUUGAAAUAUUUGAAAAUGAUGAUUUGAUAUUUUUAAUUAUGGAAGAACUAAAAGGAGAAAGCCUUUAAACAAUUUUAGAAAAUUAAUAAUAUUUGAAUGAAAACCAAAUAAAAUUAAUUAUGAAACCUCUUUUUGAAUGUGUUGCAUUCUUACACUCAAAAAAUAUUUUUCAUCGAGAUAUUAAGCCCUAAAAUAUUAAAUUUAGACAUUCAGAUAAUUAUCUUGAGGCUUGUUUAAUAGAAUUUAGUUUAGCUGAUUAUUGGAAUAAAAAUGGUAGAUAUCUAUUUACUAGAUGUGGAAGUGUUGGUUAUGUGGCUCCUGAGGUUCUUUAAGAUAAAAAAUAUAUUCUGAAUAUUGAUGUCUACAGUUUAGGAAUUAUAUUAUAUAUUUUGAUUACAUAAAAACAUCCAUUUGAAGAUUUAGAUAAGGGCAAAAAAAUAUUAAGAAAUUAUAAUGGUUAAGUAGAUUAUUCCAUUUUGCAAUGCUCAUAAAUUCUCUUAGAUUUAAUUAAAAAAUGUUUAGAAGUUGAUUUUACUAAACGUUUAAGUUGUUAAGAAAUCUUAAGUCAUCCAUUCUUUUCAAAUAGAAUUCCAAAAUUACUAUCAUUUAAAAUAAAAGAUCAAAAGAAAUCUACCUAAAUAAAAACUUAGAGAGGUUAAAAUUUUCACAGUGUAAACAAUUUAGCAUAUGAUCAAUCUACGAAUAGUCUCAGCUAAUCUAAAUCUCCUUCCUCAUUUGUUAGUUACAGACAUUCUCUUACAUUGUAGAAAUAAAAAACAGUAUUCCCUGAAAGUAUUAAUUGAUAUUAUAAAAUAGUUAGUAUUUUUUAGCCUAAAUCAAAAUAUUUUUUAACUAAAAAUUCUCAAUACGAAAGUUUAAAUUGA